GGUUAGGGCUGAGUGUGGCGCAGAGCGAUAUUUAAAUAUAUAUAUAUAUAUAUAUAUAUAUAUAUAUAUAUAUAUAUUACAAAAAAAAAAAGUCCUUGCAGUUUCUGCUAUUCCUGCAGAACGGUUUAUUCACGGCGUCAUUCUGCGUGCAUUCCGCGACGGGACCUGUCGCUGAGUGCUUCUGCCAUGGAUCUGCCUAACAAAGACUCGAACAAUGUCCUGCCUGUUGUGAUAAUUGGGAAUGGCCCUUCAGGAAUUUGCCUCUCAUACUUGCUAUCAGGAUAUACACCCUACUUCUCUCCGGAGUCCUUCCAUCCUAAUCCAAUCUUGCACAGAAAACUUAAAGAGAACUCUCAUCUGUCUUUGUUUGAACAGGAUCUGGAAUACCUGUGUGAAGGCUUGGAAGGCAGAUCAUCAAAUCCUUUGGCUGUACUCUUUGAUUCAUUGCUCCUACCAGACAGUGACUUCGGAUUGGACUGUGCCUCGCCAUUGCUAUGGCGGUUUGAGCCAGAAAGAGCCAUGACCCACCUUGUGCUUGGAAAAGGACCACCUGGAGGGGCAUGGCACGCUAUGGAAGGAUCCAUGUUAACACUUAGCCUUGCGAAUUGGAUGGAACUUCCUGGCCUCAAUCUGAAGGACUGGAUGAGGGAGAAACGCAGGAAUAUUCGCAAUGACCGUGCCACACCAGCAGAUAUCGCCUCCUACUACCAGCACUAUGUGAACAAGAUGGGCCUGAGUAACAGCUUUGCCAAUGGUACCACAGUCACCUCAAUGCAGCGCGUCUCUCUUCGCCCAGGCUAUUCCAUCUGGCACAUCCAGGGCACACAGAGGUUAGACAAUGGUGAUGAGGUGCCCUUCUUGGUGCAGGCAGAGAAUGUAGUGCUGGCCACAGGCACCAGUGAUUCCCCAUCCCACCUUGGAGUCGAAGGAGAGUCACUACCCUUUGUAUGCCACAGCUUUGGAGAGUUUGAGACGGUCCUCUCAAGUGGACACCUGUGUAGAUCAUCAGAGCCUGUGCUGGUGGUUGGAGCAGGGCUGACUGCGGCUGACGCUGUUCUAUGCGCCCACCAUCUCAACGUGCCUGUAUAUCAUGCAUUCCGCCGCGGCGUCUUGGACCCAGCACUCAUUUUCAACCAGCUGCCCCGUCUUCUCUACCCUGAGUACCACAAAGUGCACCAGAUGAUGAGUCAGCAGCAGCACCAGCCAAAUCAGUCAGUGUCCAAUUUACUCUCCCAGCAUGCGUCAUCACAAGACAAUGACCACACUCCUUCGUCCUGCUCCUACCCUGGAUAUCUGAGCUUCCCCAAACACCGUGUCCUAUCUUUUAAACCCAACGGCAAAUGCGUCCUGGAGGCAGAGGAUGGGCACCACGUGGUGCUACAAGUCUCCUUGGCACUGGUUUUGAUUGGCUCGCAACCUAAUCUGUCAUUUUUGCCUGAGGAGAGACGGCAACUGGGGUUGGAGCCGGGACAACCGAUCAGCUGUCGGCGCAACCCAAUUAAGGUGGAGCCUUAUACCUAUGAAAGUGUGCAUGAAGAAGGGCUGUAUGCCCUGGGUCCUCUGGUAGGUGAGAACUUUGUGCGCUUCCUCAAGGGCGGUGCACUGGGCGCUGCAUGCCAUCUAUUGCAAAAAAGGAAAAAAGCGGGCAAAACGCUAUGACUGUCCUGUAAUAGCCUGGAUCUAGAGGAGAGGGAAAAAAAAGUCUCAGUAGUUGGGCAUAGGGUUGGGUUCCUAUCUUGUACCGACACAGUCCAACAGUUAUUUCAGUCUGCCCUUUUUUUUUUUUUUGGUGAGCAAAUAAUCAGAAAACAUUUGCUGAGGGAGCUUUUCUUGUUAAUGAACAAUGGGCCUCAUUUACUAAUCUGUUAGUAAAGUUAAAUGUUUUCAUUAACGAAACAAAUUUCCAGUGGAUUUACAAAAGUUUCAAAGACGUGGGUUUUCUUUGUAACUGUUUGUGUAUGUUGAUCAGUACCAGUCACUUGUAAAUUACCAGGCAUGAGCAGAGCACAGUUGAUUUGCAUCUAGUGAUGCCCACAAAACUCGAAAGGCAAAUCUCAGUGGUAAAAUGAAAGGUAAACAUCCAAAAAAAUACUUUUUUGGAGUUGUUGUUUGAGUCAUUCAGUCACUGCUAUGCCUAGGUAUUAAUAGAUUGAAGGCAACAGCACUUGAAAAGUCUGGAGCCAAAUUGCAGAAAAGAAAAGUGAUUCGACGUGAAAUCAGAGAAAUUAUAUAUUUAAUGUAGCCAGGUGAUCAUGCACACCAAGCAUAUCAUGCAGGCAAGCUAAUAUAUAAAUUAUUUUUUUAAAUGAAAGCAUCUUGUCUACUGUUUGCCAGAAAUCUCUCACGCACUAAUAUAAUAUGCCCUCCCCAAUGCAGUGUUGGAAAAACAGGAGCGUAUAGAAAGCCUGAUGUUGGCAUGCAGGAUACCAGGGAGUAUACGGCACUUCUGCAGCUUGAGACUAUUAAAUUGGUCACUUAGUGCUGGUUCUAAUAAAGUGCUGCACAACAUUAAAAGGAGAUGCCGUGGUAAAUGGAACCGACCUGUACAUUGAGCCAUUACAGCUCACCCUCCUUUUAUACAGCAGCAUUUCUUCUUAAUUGAUAUAUAUAAAAUAUUUUUGUGUGUAAGGCACGUGGCGCCAAGUCUGCUGUAACCCAUGUACGAUGAGACUGAGUGGAAUAACUUUUAUUCUGUCCACAUUCACCGGAUUUUGAGAAAUGGAGCAUUUUUUUUUAUUUUUUGCAAGUUCAAUAAAUAACUUUAUACAAAACAUCUGACAAAAUAAUUUCCGCUUAUCAAAUACUUUUUUUUCCAUAUUUUGUUGGUUUUUUUUUUUUUUUGUAUUUUUGGGGGUUUUGUUUUCAAGUAGGUUUUUUUUUUUUUUUUUUUUUGGCCCUCAGUUGGUUCAGCAACACUGCAAUUUUGUUUUUCCUCUACUCAUGGUAUACGAGCUGAUUACCUACUCUACUACUAGGCUAUCAGAGCACAUGAUUGCUCAUAUCCCGUGAAUGUGGACAGAAAUAAAUAUUUCAUUUAUUUAUACAUAUAUUUCAUAAAUGUUUUGAAUAUUUAUAAUGUAUUAAUAAAUCUGUUUGUAUACAGCAUGAUACAUGAGGCCCACUGUGUGGCCAAACCAAAUUUGACUAAAAUUUACUUGUUGCAAACUGUGGCUCAUUUAAAUGAGAAAGGGUGCAGAAAUGUAAAAAUGCAAGCAGACAGCAGUCAAUGUUGAGCUUAAUUAUGUGACCUUAACCCUGCAAACCAACAGAAAAAUGGAAGAUGGGCUGUGGUCUUCGAGGAACUGGUCAUUUAAGUCGUACUCACGCAAGCCGUUUUCUGUCUCCACCCCACAGUUCUCAUUUCUGAUGGUCCCCAUUUCUGAAUAAUUUUUUUUUUUUUAAUCCUGUUUGCCAAGUCCUGAUCUGGUUUUGUCGACAAAGUUGAGGAAGAUCUCAAGCUUAUCUGACAAUAUUCUUUCUUAACCAGCUCAACACUGUCUCUCCAGCAUCAGUAGUCUGUCAGCAGGAUUCCUAGCAACACCAAAGGAACUUUGAGGAGGAAAGAAUAAGAAAGGAAAGCGGGUUCAGCAAGGUCUCUACAAACAGCAUGUUAACAAGAAAGUAUGAACUGUGGGUUUUUUGGGGUUUUUUUUUUAUUUGUUAUUUAAAAAAAAAAGUAUCAUGGAGAGGAAUGGCAAGCGUAUUAUACAUGUUUGGACUUGGAAUGUUGAUGUUAAGAGGUAAAUGCAGCCCAGGAUACAGCAGUUUCUUGAUUGCAGCCUGUACACCCUGAGACAAAGGUGCUAGAUUUUGUGACCUUGCAUUUGUUAAUGGAUUGAGCUGCUGUACUCCAAGAAAUCAGGGAUUGUAUUUAUUUUGCUUUAACAAAUAUGCUAAUGGAGCUGUUUGGAAACAUGUACUUUCCUAUAUCUAUUUGUAUUUAUGAGGGCUCUUCCAAGGAAAAUUUUGAUCCUUGCUAUGGAAUUCCAGACCAGUCAUUUUAAAGACUCCAUUUCUAAGGUAGUAAUGAUGGAUAACAGUUCUUCACAUGAAGAAAACUGAAAUUUGCCAAGCAAAUUGUGUUUUGUAUCAAUCUUGGUACUUUAUUUCAUUUAUUGGUUAAAUGUAUGAAAUGCAUUUGUCUAUUGAAAGUCUAGCCUGAAAACACCAUGCAGUCUCUACAUUUGCUUGUCCUAGGCAUGAUUAAUGCUAAUUAAUUAAUGAGAACUAAAAACCUAUAUGUGCAACGGGCUAGAAUUUGAUCUGCUCUCUCGCCCAUCAACUGUAGAAAACAUGGACAGUGUAUUAUCUCAACAAAGUGAAGCCACCACAGGUCUCGUGCCCCUGCAGGCUGGCUGCAGUACAAUUUGGAACACUGCCCAUCUCUAUGCGUUUCGAUGACAAUAUUUUCCAUGUCAGUUUUCUUGUCCAAACUAUCUUUCCAUCUCAGGUGUCAAAUUCAAACAGUUGGUUUACCCUAUGCUGAUAUCUACACUUUCUUCCCCUAGAAAUUUGUUUGUUUGUUUUAAAUGUUAUUCUACCAUAUCGUAAGAAGGUGUGGAUACACUUUGAGAGUUAAGUGAUUUGGCAGCCUUGGCUGGAAGAGAGCGGCUCACAGUACUACAGAAUUUACCAUUAUAUAGCUACUUGUAUUUGAACUUUUUUUGGACACAUGCACCAAGACAAACUGUUAGCUAUUUAUAUUAAAAGCUUUUGAAAUAUUGAGAGGUUUCCUCGGAAAAAAUUUCUAAUUUAAUCACAAUAGCUACCAAGGCAUAUAGCAACCUUGAUGGCUACAGUAUAUUAUUUUAAUUGUAAUGACAUCCAGCCAGACAGCUAUCGAAAUUUGCACAAGAGUCAUUUUUGUUUGUCAGUGAACACUUACACUAGGAUGGAUUUUAUAAGUAGGCUAAUUAGUUUAGAGUGCACUCAGAAUAGCCAUGUGUCCCACAUAAUGAGUCAUUUACUCACACUACGCUGCUGGAGCAUUCCACCUUAGUCACAAAACUGUCAGCAAAUUUCCUGUUCAUGUGACGUAUGUUCUUCCUAGACGCAUCCGUAUUAAAUAUCUCCAGCUCUAACUGUUUAAGCUCUCUGGAUAGAUGUAAGAUUGAUUCCCACAAUGAAGACAUUGUGUGACACACUCAGUGGGUGGGUGUACCUGACUUUCGUCUCUAUUGUGCAGACUCUAUCAGCAGAAUGUCCCUACUGUGCAGCUGCUGGCUACAAAUUUGACAACAUGGUGGAAAUGUUUUGGCUUCAUUUCUGUAGAAUUGAAGGCAGUGGAGCCACGCCAUCCAUGUUUUCCAACAGUGGAUACUCUAACCAGUCAUGUUUGCUUCUGGAUUCACAGUUAAUCUAACUUGGCAUUAGCAGAGAAAACAGACUAAUGUAGUUAACUAGAGCCAGUUAAUGUUAGCAGAUUUUCUAAAAUGAUUUCAACGUGCUUUUUUCAAAUUAGGAUCCUUCUAGGAAGGCAAAGCAGACACUUCAUUCUAUGAGCUUUUGCUUACUCCAGCAAAUUGAAACAUUUUACUGAGAGAAGCUCAGGGUUUUCAACAUUGCAGUGUAGUGGUGGUUUGUAUAUUUUCCAAUGCAUACUGAUAGCUGUAGCCUUCACUACAUUGCAUAGCAUGACAAAGGUCAUAACAGAUGACAAACUGGUACAAGAGUAUUUUCUAAUGAAUUUGCACUUGAUUGGAUGCUUUAGUUAUUUGUAAAUAACUCCAUUGUGAAUAAAAUCUGCAGGAAUCCAUUCUACUGCCAUUUAGCAGUCGCUGGAUGAGAGAUUUAGACCUGUGAUAUUUGUACAAAAGUACUUUUGAAGGUCUAAAUAAAAAUAUAAGGAGCAAAAAAUGUUUUUCCUUGAAAACAUAAGAGUACAAGUAUUUAGUUUCAAUAACUCAAAAUAAAUAUCCUAAUAAAAAUACUUCACUGUAGCAAAAGAGUAAAAUUACUCAAGUAUUUUCCACCUGUGUUUGUUUUCUACUUCUCAUGAAAGUUGUGAAGUGUCGUUACUCAGGCUGUGUAUUUACACUUAGACUGUCUAUACAAAUUGAUGCAAGUAUAAAAAUGCAUUUGUUUAACUUUAUACUAAUUGUAGUGUAUUGUUAUACACAGAGUAGGCUUCCAGAUUACAAUUUUGCUAAUUUGAUAUGUUUUUUAGAAAACCCAUUUUUGGAAUGGAUUGUGAAAAUUAUAUAAAAAGUGUCUAGUUUUAAGACAAACAAGAUAAAGCACUACUUGAGAUGCGUAGUUAGUUAUUUUACCAAUAACACAAAUAUGAACAUUAAAGUGAGCCUGUACUACUUCCAGUUUAUUUUAUAUAUUUCCAUCACCCAAAAAGUGCACAUCAGUUGUGUCUGAUUAAAUACUACAUUUAAGGCAAUAGCUUACCAUUGAUCUUGUGGACGCCUUAUGCAAAUGCAAUAUUGCCUUCAUCUGAAUCAAGGGAGGGGAUCAGGACAUUGUUUUUGUGGAAAUUCAAUUUCAACAAAGAUGCAUUCAUAAAUAAAAUUCAAUUUUGUAAAAUAUUUGUUUGAAACAAAUGUAUUUAAAUGUUACAAUAAACAUUUAAU